ACGAAGCGAACAGUCCAGUUUAUAGACUGUGUAUAUCUGUGUGUGUAAAUAUUUCUAUACACUUUAUAGUCGCUACACAGGAGCGUAACAGUGACGGACAUUCAUGAUGCACCAGCACGGCUCUUUCAUGCCUCCUUUGCUCGGUGAUGUAUUCUGCCAGUGUCGGUCGGCAGAGACCCACCCAGGGGUCGACCCGGGCGGCGGAGGCGUGCACGCCGAGGACCCCCCAUCAGCUUCAUCAUCUAAAACGGUAACACGGCAUCCGCUGGCCGGUGACUGGCCCUUGGACUCCGACCAGGCGCCUCAUCCAUGCGACAUAUGCGGAGGCCCCGAGCAGGAGCACAGACUCAAAGUGCUGUUCCAGGUCCUGGAUGUGAACGGGGAUGGAGGCAUUUGUAUUAACGACCUGACCAUUGGACUCAAGAAAUUAGGAGUGCAUCGUACUGAACAUGAACUAAUGAAAAUAGUCAAAGCAGGGGACAAAGACCUGGACGGACAACUAGACUUCGAGGAGUUCGUACACUACCUCAGAGACCACGAGAAAAAACUGCGGCUGGUCUUCAAGAGUCUGGACAAGAAGAACGAUGGCCGGAUCGACUCACAAGAAAUCAUGCAGUCUUUGCGUGACCUGGGAGUUAACAUCUCAGAGGAGCAGGCCGACAAGAUUCUCAAAAGAGUAAGGAGGGGUCAUAUCUGGGCCCCUAUCUUGUAUAUGGAUAAAAAUGGAACAAUGAUGAUUGACUGGAACGAGUGGAGGGAUUAUCACCUCCUGCAUCCAGCAGACAACAUUCCUGAGAUCAUCCUCUACUGGAAACACUCCACGAUCUUUGAUGUUGGGGAGAGCCUGAUGGUACCCGAUGAGUUCACAGCAGAGGAGAAGAAAACAGGCAUGUGGUGGCGACACCUAGUGGCCGGAGGAGGAGCCGGCGCUGUGUCUCGAACCUGCACUGCACCACUGGACCGGCUCAAAGUAAUCAUGCAGGUUCACGCCUCCAAGAGUAACAGCAUGCGCAUGGCCGGCGGCUUUAGUCAGAUGAUCAGGGAGGGCGGUGUGAGGUCACUGUGGCGAGGCAACGGCAUCAAUGUCAUCAAAAUCGGCCCCGAGUCUGCUAUCAAGUUCAUGGCCUAUGAACAGAUUAAACGAUUAAUUGGAAGCAACCAGGAGACGCUGGGCAUCACGGAGAGACUGGUGGCAGGCUCUCUGGCUGGAGCCAUCGCUCAGAGCAGCAUCUACCCCAUGGAGGUCCUGAAGACAAGGUUAGCCCUGAGGAGGACGGGCCAGUUCUCGGGCAUCUUGCAUUGCGCCAAACACAUCUUCCAGAAGGAGGGCGUGGCUGCUUUCUAUAAAGGCUACGUCCCCAACAUGCUGGGCAUCAUCCCCUAUGCUGGCAUCGACCUGGCUGUAUAUGAGACUCUGAAGAAUGCCUGGCUGCAGCGUUACGCCACAGACAGCGCUAAUCCAGGAGUGUUUGUGCUCCUGGCUUGUGGGACCACGUCCAGCACGUGUGGACAGCUGGCCAGCUACCCUCUGGCUCUGGUCAGGACUAGAAUGCAGGGGCAAGCGACCCUGGAAGGAGGCCCUCAGAUGACCAUGUCAGGUCUGUUCAGACACAUCAUCAGGACCGAAGGGGCCACGGGACUCUACCGAGGCCUGGCCCCCAACUUCAUGAAGGUCAUUCCAUCCGUCAGCAUCAGCUACGUCGUCUACGAGCACCUCAAGAUCACGCUGGGCGUCCAGUCGAGGUGA